AACGCCGAUCAAAGGCAGGCGCGGCGUGGGCGGACGGGUGCACUUGAACGUCCGACUGGAGGCAAGGGGAGAUGCUGAUGCCGCUGCCGCUGCUUCCAGCGUCCAGGGUCGCUGAUUCCGCCGCCUUGGCUCCCUCCGGCAACGGCGGCGGGAAGAACGGGCAGGCGAUCUGAAACUUUCCAGUGGGAUGCUAAGCGGAGCCGGGCUCCCCCCGCCGCCGCCUUAACCUCCUGCUUCGCACUCUUUUUUUUUUUCCCCUUCUUCUUCUCCUCAGUCGCCCAGGCGCGCCUGGAGCCUGUUCCGCUGCCGGAGCUCGGCGCCCUCGGAUGCCGCCUUCCCAGCUACUUCUCUGCCUCCGGCGGGGAUCGUUGGCUCGGCUUUGCCCUCCGUCUGCAGGGGCGCGGCCGUUCACUCGCGCUGCCCGGUGGCGGCGAGGCUGAGGGGGCGGCUCGGCCCGAGAGGUGAUCGCGGGCAGAGAAAGUCACCCCCCCCUCCGCCGCCGCCAAGGAGGCUUUGGCUGCGGCUGCCGGUCCCCCCUCUCGCGGGAUUCCCUCCCUUUCUCGGAGGUGCGGGUCGUCUUUGGUCGUGGUUAUGAAACCUUCCGCGGGGAUCCCCUCCGAGUGAGUCCCUCCGGCCAAAUCGCGAGGAGCUGCCUCGCCUCCUUCCCGGCCUCCCGCAGGUCCCCCCCCUCCGCCCCCGAGAGCGUCCUCAGCCGCUCCGGCUCGCCAUGGGGCUGGAGGUCCCGCCGCCGAGGGUCCCUUCGAAGCCUCCGCUCGCCAAACUGAGGAAAGUUCGCAAGAGGCGGGAGAUGCUGCUGCAACAGCUGGGCUUCGUCUGCGCGAUCCUCUUUUUUGUUUGGUGCAUGGCCAAGCUAGGACAAGAGUCAGCUGUUGUCAACCAAAGUGUUCUGUCAGAAUUAUGGAGGAAUAGAAAAUUGAUGGCAUCACAUAAUGAGUCACACGAAAAGAACUGCACAGAGCCAGCAAUUCAUGAAUUUCCUCAGGAUUUUUUCAAAAACAAAGAAAGGCAGCAAGGAGCGGUAUUGCUUCAUAUUCUUGGUGCUCUGUAUAUGUUCUAUGCCUUGGCUAUUGUAUGCGAUGAUUUCUUUGUUCCAUCUUUAGAAAAAAUUUGUGAGAAACUACAUCUGAGUGAAGAUGUUGCAGGAGCCACAUUCAUGGCUGCUGGAAGUUCAACCCCUGAGUUAUUUGCAUCAGUCAUAGGUGUGUUUAUUACUCAUGGUGAUGUAGGAGUUGGAACCAUUGUUGGUUCUGCCGUUUUCAAUAUCCUCUGCAUUAUUGGUGUCUGUGGAAUCUUUGCUGGGCAGGUGGUCCGUCUCACUUGGUGGUCUGUGUGUAGGGAUUCUGUCUACUACACUCUGUCUGUAGUAGUCCUGAUUGUGUUUAUAUAUGAUGAGAAAAUUGUAUGGUGGGAAAGCCUUAUACUCAUCAUUAUGUAUUUCUUCUAUAUACUUAUCAUGAAAUUCAACAUGAAGAUGCAGAACUUCUUUACUAUGAAAAGUAUGAAUGUUGGUAAUGGCAACACUGUGAACAGUGAACUGGAAGAUGGUAAUAAAUCUUAUGACAUUAGCUGUGAUGAUCCCUCCAUACCAUUGCUACGGAAAGUGAAAGGAACACAAGAACCUGGACGCAAUUCUGUGGUGAUGGUCGAUGAGAUUAUUUGUUCCAGUCCUCCAAAAUACCGUUUUCCUGAAGCUGGCUUGCGAAUAAUGAUUACCAAUAAAUUUGGACCAAGAACCAGACUACGGAUGGCAAGCAGGUUAAUUAUUAAUGAGCGUCAGCGUCUAAUUCAUUCUUCCAAUGGCCAGUUGAUUCAGAAUGGAAGACAUGAGAAUAUUGAAAACGGGGCCAUCCAUGCUGACAACCAAGAGGAAGCAGAACACAUUGCCCUGUCUCCAUUUUCACCACCAGAUGGAAAAAUGGAAAAAGUCAAAUGGAUCCUGACCUGGCCACUGAUACUUCUCCUCUUUUUCACCAUCCCAAACUGUAGCAAGCCACGCUGGGAAAAAUUUUUCAUGGUGACGUUUGUCUUUUCCACAUUAUGGAUCGCUUUGUUUUCUUACUUUAUGGUGUGGAUGGUAACAGUGAUUGGUUACACUCUAGGGAUUCCAGAUGUUAUCAUGGGCAUUACUUUCCUAGCUGCAGGGACUAGUGUACCAGACUGCAUGGCCAGUUUAAUAGUAGCAAGACAAGGAUUAGGUGACAUGGCAGUGUCCAAUACGAUUGGAAGCAACGUGUUUGACAUUCUUGUGGGGCUUGGAGUUCCAUGGGGUUUACAGACUAUGGCAGUUCAUUAUGGCUCAUACGUUAAGAUAAACAGCAAAGGACUAGUUUAUUCUGUUGUGCUUCUCCUGGGGUCUGUAGCCCUUACCGUUGGCGGGAUCCACUUAAAUAAAUGGAAACUUGACAGGAAAUUGGGAGUCUAUGUGCUCACCCUCUAUGUCAUUUUCUUGUGUUUCUCGAUACUGAUAGAGUUUAAUGUCUUCACUUUUGUCAACUUCCCAAUGUGCCGAGAAGACUGAGAAGCAAAGCCAAGAGAUGUCAUCUGGAUCUAUUUUGCUAUAAGUGUCAGGAGAGAUUUUUACACUUUAACUCCAAAACUCAAUGUCUCUCCUGCUUUAUCAACUUAGAAGCAAUUUAUCUGGGAGGAAAGAACAUAUUUCUUUACAACACACAAGAUCAAGACUGCUAAAGCUUUGUCAUCUGUUCUUCCACCUCCUCUUUCUUCAUCAGGUACCCUCAUUCAGCUGUACUUCCUGCAGCUCUGUAUGAGGUUUUAAAAGAUGGUGCCCCAUUUCAGAGUCCAUUCUGGUUUGAGCAUCAUCAAUAUCAAACUGAUAUAACGUCUGCCAUGGAAACACAUUUUCCAUUUGAUGGCAUACAGGUCUUCAAAGAAGAGGAAAAGAGAGUAGAUUCAAGAUUCUACCUUGCCUCAUUUUGAGGAUCUCAGCUAUGUCAUGUGAUUACAUGCUUAUAUGCAUGAAGAACCUUGGUUUUCCUUCUUUAAAUGCUCUAUUUAUACACAAGUUCCAACAAUGCUGAGGAGAUCAUCUUCAAUAGUAAUUUAUCAUCUUUUAAAAAUGUUUUUGAAAGAUACAACAGUUUUACUAAGAAAAAGAUGGAAAAUGAUAAUACAAUACUAUGAUCAAGUCAUUCUGAAAAUCAUGGAACUUAAAAUAUGGCAAACUGGAUAAAUAUCUGUGCUGGAAAAAGAUCAAAUUGUUUUACAGUCAGUGAAGAACAAUGGAUAAUAUCUAGAAUAAAUACAUAUGAAUAUUAUGUUGACAAGUUAGAAAAUUGCACCAGCACCAGUAAGUGUAUAUUCUAACCUUAGAGGAAAAUGGAAAACCUUGGGUGCUCAAUAAUUGAUUGUGAUGGUAAUGAUCUGGGGGGAAUGUAUAACUGAGAUGCCUUCCAACUCUUCAUAAAUGAACUAUGAAUUUGGAAGUAUUUAUAUCUAUCUAUCUAUCUAUCUAUCUAUCUAUCUAUCUAUCUGCUUGCGUGCAUAUGUGCACACACACCAAACAAUAAUUGUACAAUCCUCAGUUUUAUCUUAUUUUAAAAUCAGAAAGGUGGAUUGCAUGAAAACUGGCCAGCAGAAUAUGGGGAGGGGGAGUCUGCUAUCUUUUGGAAAUCUAGUAUCUGCAUGUACAUUGAGAUAAUUAUAGAACAUGGUCCAAUGUGCACAGAUGUUCUUCUGAGGUGUGUGAGUGAGAUGUGAUUCAAUGCAGAUGUUUAAAUUAUUUCGGGAGAUAAAUUUAAUUCAGAUACCUAAAUCAAUUCAAAUAGAGCUCCAAUAGGAAUGGACUCUAUUAGGACCAAUUCAGGCCUUAAAGUGCAUGUGCACAUGUGAGGAAAAUAUCCAAUUAAUGUGAAUUGAUUUAGAUUUAUUUAUGUUCCUGAAUUUGUUGGGUUAUUCUGAUGCUUUGAAUCUCUGUGGGUUGAUUCAAAGCACUGAGUCUUUGCACAGAUCAUUUCCUUCAUAGCUUACUUUAAUCCCCUUUUGAUCGAAAGUUCAGUCUCUCAUCAAGCCUUGACAAUCUUGAGCCAACUGCUCCUGGGAACUCUUACAUAUUUCAUUAUUUGUCCAGUAAAAUGUUUGAGACAAAGCUAAUUAAAUUUGAAAGUUUUCACUUUAAGCAAUCUCCAACUGCAUGGAAAGAAACAAAAAAUCAGAAUAUCUACAAGAAUGCAAUAACAGUCAUUACAUUAUCUCUGAAUUAACUUCUUAGUUCGCUAGAGUCAUAAUCUGUUUUUUCCCAUAUCACUAGUGACUCUCACAAAUAAAAUAUAUUUGGGUAUUUAUGAGUAUAAUGGAAAGGAAACCUCAGUCUAUAAAAUAUAAAUUUCAGAAGAUUUGGGAUAUUAACGCAGCAGGGAGACAGGAUAAAUCCCAUUUCUCUUUUUAUGCUUCUCUUAUAUAAACCUGACACAAGGACAUGAGCUUUCUCAAGAUUUACCCACUGCCUCAAUUUGUAAGCUUCAUGAGAAAUACCGAAAGAUGAAAUGGAAACUACAUCUUAUUGUCAAUUCUAAGUCAACAAUGAAGAUUCCAUCUCAUUCAUCACAAACAUUACCACUUUUCAAAUGUUAUUAAAAUGCUGAAGAAUGCAGAAAUUUCUAGAAGCACAGCUUACCUUUGUACAUCAUUUAUUUUUUUAAUCUUUGCUCAGUAAAUAUAUAUUGAAUGGCUGAAGAAUAUGAAUUUCAAACCAUAUUGAAUAUAUUUUUGCACGCAUAAGCAUUAGGCAAAAUUCCAAAGAGCAGAGCAUUGCACUUCUGUCAGAAAGAAAUACAGUUUUUCACAAGGAAUUUAAAAAUGGAUAUAAUCACUUACAGUUUAUUGAGGAUGGGAUAGAUACUCCAAUAUCUCUAUUCACAAAUCAUGAUGUUCUCAAUAUAAGAGUUCCUAAGCACCCAACUCAAGCUGCUACAGUUUAAUAUUCCUCUCAGAAGUCAAAUAUUUUAUCCUAUGCUGCCUAAUUCACACACUAAACUGUAUUUUAUUAUUUAAAUCACAAACAUUUAGAGUCAUACAACAUCUUAGACUAUAAACUAAGGUCGUAAACUAAGGAUUACAAUUCCCAGUGGUUGAAUUUACACUAAGCCAAAACCAUACAAAUUCAUGUAACAAUAUAAGGUAAUGAAGCCAAUCUCAUUGUGAUCUCAAUAUCAUGAAUUCACAGUAACCACAGGAAUACUUCUGGAAAAGAAGGGAGAAUAUGAAAGAGAGAGAAAAAGUCUUGCCCUUAAAUACCUUGCUCCCUGAUAAAAUGCAGAUAAAUACAGUAAUUGGCAUCUAAAAUAAAGUUACAUAUAGAUAUAGAUAGUCUGUUGUCUGAUGCACUCAGCAUAAAUGAGCCAUGAGAUUCGAUUGAUUUAACCUCAAACACAAGAAUUUUCAAGGGAACCCAGUCUCAGGGUUAUUUCACAUGACAUGUGGCACGUUUGCAGCAGUAGCAAAAAAACCCAGUCUUCCAUAGGUGGAAUGUAUGAAGAUCAUGUUUACAUAUGCAUAGCUUCAGCGUAUGAUAAUAAUUCUGUACACCUGGCUAUCACAUGCUUAGGGUAAUCCUAACAAUGCACAGUUUGAAAUUGCUCAAAAUUUAGUUGCAAAAUGGUGAGAUGAUUUAUAAUAAAAUUUGUGCGUGUAUAUCAGAAGCAGACCAGAGGCAUUUACAUAUCUGUACCAGUAUUGGGAGAGAGGUUCAGGGGCAUUUUUUUUGGUCAUUCAUACUUUUUGAGUUAUUUCUUCCCAUUCUUCUAUAGAUGUUAUGCAUUCAAAUUUCCCAGAAUUAUAGUUCAUUUACAAAAUAAAAUUAUUCACACUACAUUUAUGAUAUUGAAAAAAUGUUGGGUAAAUAAGAUUAUUUGCAAAAAAUUGCUGUCAAUUGAUAUAAAGCAAUCACCACUUGUUCCGAAUAGAGUUUUAUGCAAAGGGAGAAAUUCUGAAACUUUUACUCUCUAUAAUUAAUAUCAGUAUUGAUAGGGAUAGCAACUGAAACCCACAAAUCAACUUUAGUAUAGUAAUAGGUGUCUGACGAAUUUCCUUCUUCCUAGGGUUGGCACAGGAAAGGCAGAAAUGACAUGCGUUCCCCUUUAUGACUGGAAAAAUAACAGGGAAGGAUUUUCCCCUUAAGAUCCAGUAAACAAUAACUUAUAUCUGGUUUAAGUGGAUACAACCCUGUCUGAUAUGAAAUAAACAACUUUUUUAAAAUCUGUAAAUAUAAUUCCUUUUAUUAGGAAAAGCAUUGUUCCGCAUUUUUCAUUGUCAGCACUUUAAUCUGGUAUUUCCAGCAUUUUACACAAGGGGACAGCAGUCUUCCUGAACAGAAUGUAUAAGCAUUUGGAUAUUUAUACUGCACUAUAUCUGAAGUAAUAAGUGAGACUACAAUACCUCUGCCUCUUUCUUUGAUUGGAUAAAUUAUUAUAAACACUGUAUGUCAUGCCCCCAAAUAUACCCUAUUCACAAAACUGAGACUUUGCAUAAUAGCAACAGAGGAAACUUCUAAACAAUAGUUAACUCACUUUCUGUUUUAUGUUUUCUGUGAAAGCCAUAAGAAGAUUGAAUAGUGAAAACAAGAUGUGUAAUAUUCUUGUGCAGUUCUCUCAUUUUAGAAAAUGAAAGAUGGGGUUUUUUACCUGAUUCUUUCUUCUUGGACUUCAGAGGCCUAAUAAUACCCUAGCAAGCUACCGAUUCUAGACAUAAAUCUAACUAGUUGUGGCAAAAGGACACAAAAAUUGCACUUUAAGAAAUCUUAGUUUACAGCGAGGGUGUCAAACUCACAUUGUCACAGUGGCAUCACGUGAUGUAUUGGGACUUUUUCCCCCUUCA